AUUAUCUUCUCACUAUGAGCCUGUAACAAGUUUUUCACUAAUCAAAAAUUCAAUGGCACCUAUUUUGUUGAAUCUGCCAAAUCAGCUCACCUUCGAAUCAAAUGUAGCACAGACACUGUCUCUGCUUGAAAGAUGUACAAAUAUGAUGGAACUAAAGCAGAUUCAUGCUCACAUUUACAAAACAGGUCUCAUUAUAGACCCUAUUCCAGUGAGCAGGCUUCUAACUUUCAGUACCUCACUGGAUUUUGGAAACUUAAUAUAUGCUCGGAAGGUUUUUGACAGAAUCAGCAGACGCAAUACUUUCAUGUGGAACACCAUGAUAAGAGGAUACUCAAACUGCAAUGAACCAAAAGAAGCCCUGUUUCUGUACCAUCAAAUGCUAUGUCAUUCAGCCCCACACAAUGCUUACACCUUCCCUUUCCUGCUCAAAGCAUGUUCCCGUAUGUCAGCCUUGGAAGAAACCCAACAAAUCCAUGCUCAAAUCAUAAAAACAGGGUUUGGCUUGGACAUUUAUGCCACAAAUUCCUUGCUUCAUGUUUAUGCCAUCUCUGGCAGCAUUAGAUCUGCACAUCUCCUCUUUGACAGGCUCCCCCACCGAGACAUUGUUUCUUGGAACUCAAUGAUUGAUGGGUAUACAAAAUCUGGUGACAUAGAUACGGCUAGUAAAUUUUUCAAAGAUAUGCCUGUAAAGAAUGUGAUCUCAUGGACAGCAAUGAUCUCUGGCUUUGUUGGGGCAAACCUGAACAAGGAAGCUCUUAAGCUUUUUCAUGAAAUGCAAGUUGCAAGCAUCAAACCCGACAAUGUAGCACUGGUAAGCUCACUUUCAGCAUGUGCACAUCUUGGAUCAUUGGAUGAAGGCAGAUGGAUUCACACCUAUAUAGACAAGAAUGGAAUCGAAAUUGAUCCAAUCCUGGGUUGUGUUCUUAUAGACAUGUAUGUCAAGUGUGGUGACAUGGAUGAAGCACUAAAAGUUUUCAGAAAACUAGAGAAGCAAAGUAUCUCUGCAUGGACGGCAAUAAUUAAUGGUUUUGCAAUACAUGGGCAGGGACAAGAAGCUCUUGAUUGGUUUAUGAAGAUGCAGAAAGCAGGAAUCAAGCCAAACUCGAUAACCUUCACAGCAAUUUUGACUGCAUGUAGUCAUGCAGGGCUGGUUGAUGAGGGUAAAUUGUUGUUCAAGACCAUGAUGACGGAUUAUAAAUUAAACCCAACAAUAGAGCAUUAUGGGUGCAUGGUAGACCUUCUAGGCAGAGCUGGUUUGCUUCUGGAAGCAAAAGAGCUAAUUGAGAAAAUGCCCUUAAACCCAAAUCCUGCAAUUUGGGGGGCACUGCUCAACGCAUGCCGGAUUCAUGGACAUCUUGAGUUAGGGAAGCAGAUAGGGAAAAUCCUGAUUGAAGUUGACCCUGCACAUGGUGGCCGGUAUAUUCACUUGGCAAGUAUUCAUGCUGCAGAUGGGGAAUGGGACCAGGCAGUCCAAGUACGAAGCCAGAUGAAAAACCAGGGAGUUUCAAAAAUUCCAGGGUGCAGUGCAAUUAGCCUUAAUGGGAUAAUCCAUGAAUUUUUAGCUGGAGAUGCAUCCCAUCCACAGAUGGAUGAGAUUUAUAAGAUGUGGAACCAGAUUGCAGAGAAACUUAAACAAGAUGGGUAUAAACCUGCAACAGGGGAUUUAUUACUUGACCUAGAUGAUGAGGAGAAAGAAAGAGCAAUCCAGCAGCAUAGUGAGAAGCUGGCUAUUGCAUUUGGGCUAAUCAGAACUAAACCAGAGACAACUAUCCGGAUUUUUAAGAACCUUCGGGUGUGUGAGGACUGUCAUACCGUUUUAAAGCUUAUAUCCAAGAUUUAUGCCAGGGAGAUUAUUGUGCGGGACAGGACUCGCUUCCACCUUUUCAAGGAAGGGAAAUGCUCUUGUAGAGAUUACUGGUAG